AUGGGCAACUGCUGGGGCGCCAAGAUCAGCUCCGACAGCCCGUCCCGCGGCGCCAUCUCCCCAUCAGGGACAACUUCCAAGUUCGCUAGCAGGAAUGGGACAGCAGCCUUGAGCGGCUGCAGCAGCCAUGCCUCAUCCGCGUCGAUGCUGCCAACCCCCCGCAGCGAGGAUGAGAUUCUGGAGUCGGCAAACGUCAAGGCCUUCACCUUCAAUGAGCUGAGGACCGCCACCAGGAACUUCAGACCAGACAGUGUGCUGGGCGAGGGUGGGUUUGGCUCGGUCUUCAAGGGCUGGAUUGAUGAGAAGACGCUCGCCCGACUAGACCGGGCACAGGGAUGGUCAUUGCCGUCAAGAAGCUCAACCAGGAAGGCUUCCAGGGUCACAAGGAGUGGCUGUUCCUUUGAUGUGCAGACUGAAGUGAAUUACCUUGGCACGCUGUCGCACCCCUAUCUUGUAAAGCUCGUUGGCUACUGCCUCGAAGACGAACAGCGCCUCCUUGUCUAUGAGUUCAUGCCACGCUGGAGUUUGGAGAAUCAUCUAUUUAGGAGGAGCUCCUAUUUCCAGCCACUGCCCUGGAACCUACGAAUGAAAAUUGCCCUUGGAGCAGCUAAAGGUCUUGCAUAUCUCCAUAGCGAUGAAGCUAAAGUCAUCUACCGUGAUUUCAAGACCUCUAAUGUCCUUCUAGAUGCGAACUUCAAUGCAAAGCUCUCUGAUUUCGGGCUGGCCAAGGAUGGUCCAACUGGUGACAAGAGCCAUGUCUCCACCAGGGUGAUGGGGACUUAUGGGUAUGCAGCUCCAGAAUACCUUGCAACAGGUCAUCUGACCACCAAGAGUGACGUGUACAGCUUCGGAGUAGUACUCCUAGAAAUGUUGUCAGGACGCCGAGCACUGGACAAGAACCGCCCGAACGGGGAGCACAACCUUGUAGAGUGGGCUAGGCCAUACCUGAGAAGUAAGAGGCGCAUAUUUCGCAUCCUGGAUCCCCGGCUGGGCGGGCAGUACUCCCUUGCUAGGGCGCAGAAGGCUGCAGCACUUGCCCUGCAAUGCCUCUCAGUGGAGUCCAGGCACAGGCCCAGCAUGGAUGAGGUGGUAACGGCCUUAGAACAGCUCCAGGACGCCAAGGAAGGAGGUAACCAUCACCUACAGAAGAGGCCAAGCAGUCGGAGCAUGGACAACAAUGGUGUCAAAGUGGCAGUGAAGGGGAAGCCUGCUCCUUCUGUAAAACCAGUUUGA